CCGUCGGUGGAGACAGGCUCCGGGCCGGAGAGCGGCUGCUAUUAUUAAUCGACGUUCGAGAGCGGCCACGGCCUUUGGUGGGGUCGGCGCCUGCGGGACGCGAGGCCAUGAGCCGCCUGGGCUCGGUGCAGCAGAAGGUCCCUUGCCUGUUUGUAACUCAGGUGAAGCAGGAGCCCUCGGCCAAGCGGGAGCGCCAACCUUUUAAAGUGUUGGCCACUGAAACGAUUAAUCAGAAGGCAUUAGAUGCAGAUAUAUACAAUGCAAUUCCAACAGAAAAAGUGGAUGGAACUUGCUGUUAUAUAGCGACAUACAAAGGGCAGCCUUACCUUUGGGCCCGAUUGGAUAGAAAAGCCAAUAAGCAAGCUGAAAAAAGGUUUAAACGUUUUUUGUACUCAGCAGACAACUCAAAAGGAUUUACUUGGAAUAUUGAAGAAGACUUCAGGCCUGUUCCUGAGUCCUGGAUUCCAGCAAAGGAAAUAAAGCAUUGCAAUGGAAAGCCCUUUCCAGAUGAAAAUGGGCAUAUUCCAGGUUGGGUGCCAGUGGAGAAAAACAGCAAGCAAUACUGCUGGCACACAACUGUUGUUGACUAUGACAUGGAAUUAGCUCUUGUUCUCAAGCAGUGCACUGAGGACCCUGGUCUUCUGGAAAUCAGUCCAGUUCCCUUAUCCAGCUUUUCAGAGCAGACACUGGAGCUUAUUGGAACAAACAUCAAUGCAAACCCAUAUGGUUUAGGAAACAAGAAACAUCCUAUACACCUUCUUGUCCCACAUGGAACAUUUCAGAUAAAAAAUGCACCUGCACUGAAUCACAGUGACAUACUGGCGUGGCUUGAUGGAUGCAAAGAGGGGAAAAUUGAAGGGAUCGUAUGGCAUUGUGCUGAAGGAAAUUUAAUCAAGCUUCAUCGGUAUCAUCUUGGGUUGACCUGGCCGAUUCCAGACCCUUAUUUGAUUUCUCAGCCAGUUGUUGUCAACUUUAGUGGGGCCAAGUAUGACUGUAAUUUUGAACCGAAGACACUUUUUUAUUAUUUUUCAAAGUUAGAGGGACAAAGAUUCAACAGUCUCAGAGAUAUAAGUGAUCUGUGUCCAGAUUUCUUAAGUCUGUAGGACUUCACAUUCCUUUUUAAUGAGAGUGUUUAUAUAUUUGUUUUUGUUGUGAUGCAGUGUAAAUAGUAUUUAUUAUAUACUUGGCUUAACAGCCACGUGUAUACAUAACAAAUGCUGCUGUUUAUGUAGCAAAAUAGCCAUAAACGAAAUUCUAAACUUUUGGGUACUUAUUUAUAAUGUUGCAGUCCUCCAAGGUAGUGUGCAAAAUAUUUCUUAAUGAAGCACUAAGGACUAAGUACUGGGAGUACCAUAGUUUUUAUCUUGAAGACAGUAUAUGGUUGCAUCAUUUUCAGGUAUUCUGAUAGUCUAAUGUACAGACACAUUUAUUCUAGCAAUGUAAAACCAGAAUAUUUAAAUUUAGUAAUAGUUGGGACUGUGUUAAUGAAAUCAGAAGAAACCUGUCAAAAGGCUAUUGGUCUGCACCUAUUUAAUACCUUUAGGGCAAUUAUUCUGUAUUUUAUACCCUGCUAUAGAUACUGGUAUAAAAAACAAGUUGAAAAGAGCAGAAUAUAUAAAUAUUAAGCUUCCCCUUCAAAUACACAGAAGCCAUGGUUUUUUUAAAGGUCUGAUUCUUUGGCUCUUUUUUCCCCUGGAGUGGAACAGCAUUGACACAUAACUAAGGUGUUAUCCAUGAUUUAUAUGUGGGUGUUCAUACGAAAUUCAAAAUGUAAUCCAGGAAGCCACAACCAGUUUUCAUAUUUGUUUCAAAAUGUUUUGAAUAAUGGGCAUCUGCGUUUCUUUUAGAAUGUGUUUGUUACAAGGCUGUAUUCUUAGCUGAAAUAAUGCCGUAAUUUCAUCUUCCUUAGGACUGUGAACUAUAUCCAGUGUCAUAUGAGCACAUUUCUUCUUCGUCUCACUCUGCAUCCUUUCACAUUGAUUGGUGGGGUGGGGGGUGGGGAGAGUACCUCUUCCACUGGUCAGCUGACAAGAUAUAACCAAAAUUUGGUCUUGUUCAUGAAAACCAGAAUAACACAAAAUAAAAUGGAUUGUAGAAUUUUAUUAGAUAAAGCCCAUAUGACUUGGUUGUCAUUUUUAGUUUAAAAGGUUUAAGAUGGGGUAAAUGUUAAACUACAACUUGUUUGCCAUAUAGUAAACAUAGAAAAAUAAAGAAUUUCUGAACUGCA